AUGGCAACCCCAUCGCCUCCGGUGCAGGACAGUAAUCUUCGAGGAAUGACUGUGUCCUCGAUCUCCUUGGUGACCUUUGCUACCGGUGCAAACCUUGUCUUCCUUCGCAUGUACGUUCGCAUGAAACGCCGUAUCACCGGCUGGGAUGACUAUACCAUCUGCGUUGCUUUGGUGAUUCUUCCCUCUGAUUCACACAAUACGAAGCUCGGUCUUGCUCACUGGACCCAGACCCUAUCUCUUUUAGGCACGGUCGCCAACGUUUACCAAGUUGCCAAUGGCGCUGGCCGGCAUAUCGAUACCUUGACGCCCGUACAAUUGUCUGAGUUCAUCAAGUGGACCUUUGUUCAAGGAAUCGAAUUUGUGAUCGGCACUUGCUUUGUCAAGAUCUCCGUGUGUAUCUCUAUUCUACGCUUCAUCAGCAAAACUCGACAUCUUGUGCGCUACUUCAUCUAUGUCAUUAUGGGGUUUUUGAUCAUCUCGACCCUCGGUCUGGUCGUUGCCUUGCUGGCUCAGUGCAGACCGUUAAGGGCACUUUACGACCUCGACAUCAAAGGAAAAUGCUAUUCGGAAAACGUCUCGACCUCUAUCGCAUACGUGCAGGCCGGUGAAUACUCCCCCCUGCCCCUUUGUGAUAUUUCUGACGUUAUUCCAGCUAUCAAUAUAUUCACGGACUUUACGUGCGCCGGCCUACCUGCCUUGAUUAUACGAAGACUCCAGAUAAACAGAUCGUUAAAGAUAGGACUUUCAGUAGUCAUGGGACUCGGGGUCGUUACUGCAUCUUUCUCGAUCCUCCGCAUUGCCUUUUUGCAUACGAAUUCGUCCGCGGAUGUCACUCAUGCAGACGCAGUCAACAUGGUGUUCGCCGUGCUCGAACAGAAUCUCGGAAUCAUCGCUGCCUCGAUUGCUACCGUACGACCGUUGUUUGCGAAUCUAGGACCAAUUGUCCAAGUUUCUUCCGAGACGGUCCCAGGGCCAUAUGCCUCCGAUCGGCCCUUUUUGGGGUACUCGAACGUUCCAGGGGCUGGUGGGAUCCCGAAAAGCAUCGCACUGAGCCCUAUGCGUAUUACCCAAGCGACAAACGUUGAUCAAUUGAGAAAGUGUGAAGGACCGUCAGGGGCAAAUGUUGAUAUCAUGCGGGAAUAUCAAGAGCCAUCAAAGGAAGAAGCUCCGAGUGAGAGCGUCUGA